AUGGCGGGCAACACCAAGGGCUGGGCUCUACCAGUCGAUCCGACCGAAUUCUUUGCCAGGAUAGACGCGUACAGGGCAAAUCAGCAGGUUAUCAACGUUGUUCACCAGCUUGCGCAGCACGAAAGCCCGUGCUAUAUCUCCCGUUUACCUAACGAAAUCCUCAAUGCGAUAUUUCAAUAUCACUUGGAGAUCACUUACGGAGACUGCAUAGAUGACCACCGGAAGAACGACUGUUGCUGGCAUGAAAUGGGCUCCUGUAUUCAAGAACACAUGACAGAAGCAGAAAGCGAUCUUUUUGCGGCGAUUGAUAAUCUUUAUGGAGUCGGAGAGGGCAUUGAUCGAGAGGAAUCGUUUGAGGUUGGGAUUUACAAUCAGUCGCAAAAACUUUUGCAAAACGAUAGGAUCAGACAUUACAAAGCCGCGUGGUCUUGGACAAAUAAUACCAGUGUACACGCUGGUAACAAUGGCGACACUGUUCGCCCGUACCUCAAAAUCAGCAGAGUCUACCUAAAGGACACUGGCGACUACAUAGCUAAAACAGAAGACAAAGAUCAUUCCGGCUCUAAUAACUUUGUCUACUGUCUAAAAGUUGAGGCGUUUCUUCUGCUUCCUGUAGAGGAUCAGGAAUAUCACAGGAUUCUGGAUAGGGCAGAGAAAAUUACUCGACUUCACGACAACCACGAACUGCUCAUUAAAAAAAGCCAAAAGGUGGCCCUUGCGAACGCGGCCAAAGCUCUGAAUCUUAUGCCUUUAGCGGGGCCGCGAUACUCUCACUGUCGGCGUUGGAUUAACUGGAUGGUAGACCCGACAGGGAUGGGUAUUUGCUCCGGCGACAGUGGACACCAUAGAUUCAAAGUGCCCAAGGAUUAUAUUGGCAGACUAUGGCUUGCCGAUCUGGACAAAGAUUGA